UAUACACUACUUCUAAUGCGAAAUCUCUCGUUGAAUUAGGUUAUGAACAGUAGUUCAAAUAUACUCUUAAUUUCUAAAUAAAUUUUGGCAAAUUUGCUUGAUUUAAGAUUCAUUAUAAUUAUCUAAAUAAAAUAUAUAAAGUCAGUGGUAGAAGUAAUAUAAAAAUAACUACUUCCGAAAUUCAUAUCAUUAAAUUUGACAUGUUAUUGUUGCGGUCUAAAUAACACCAACUUUGCGAACUAUUUAUAAUUAAACGUACCUUUUAAAUUAAAACAAUGGAGGAAGUAGAUAGUAUAAUAAUUGACUCUCUUCGCCACCUUGAUUGCAAUAUAGAUGCAAGUAUAGAAAGAUUGAAUCAAUUUGAUGCUGAUAUUGUUGUUGAAGCUGUGUCAUUUUGUCUAGAAGCAAUUCUACCAGAUCAGAAAUUCCCCAAAAAACUUCCACCUUCAAUGAGUCAUAAGUUAAAAAUUGCUUCCAGCCUUGCCGAACAAAUCAAAGAAUUAGGUUUCAGAGGUGACAUGGGUUACCAAACAAUAUUGUACUGCAAUGAGGUGGAAAUUAGAAGAGUUUUAAUGUUUUUAAUAGAACGUUUGCCAAGGGAUGCAAACAAAACAAUCCAGAUUGAACAAACUGGAUAUGUGCCUAAAUUGGUUAAGAAAAUUGAAGAAAAUUUGAAAACAUCUUUAAAACAAAUGUGGUUGCCAAGUUCCUUGUUUCCAAAUGGUGUGAGGGAAUGUGACAGUCAGUCCCUUGUAAACAGUUUUGGUAAUUGUGCUCCUUUGAAAUCUGUAAAUUUAAACAUUCCAGACACAUCAAAAAAUACUAAUGAAAAUUUGAAAGAAUAUUGGAUACAUCAUUUAGCAGAUGUGACUAAACAGUGUCCCACAAAAAGCUUAAUACCUUCUUUGUUAUUUAGAGAUUGUGAAUUUUAUGCUGAUCCAGACACUUUGAAAUCAAUUUUACAAAGCCCAUGCAAACAAGAAGAUAUUGUAAAGGUGGUAAAUAGUAAUUUAAGUGUAGUUUCACAAGAAACUUCACCUUCAGAGGGUGAUAUUAAAACUGUUGAUCAUGUAAAUGAAUAUGAAGUCAAACUACAGACUUUAGUAAAGGAUAUAGAAGAUAAUAAGGUAAAAUUCAUUCAGUUGCAAGAAGAGGCCCACAAACUGGAAUCAAAUCUUUCACAGUUAGUAGCAGUGAAAACUAAAGAGCAGGAAAUUUUGAAAGACACAAUUGCUAAAGUUAAAUUGAAAACUAAAACAAUGGCAAUAAUUUCAAAAGAGGAAAACUUGACUAAGUUGAGAAGUUUGGUGGAAAGCGGGAGUGAUAGACUUGUGGACUUGGCAAAUCAGUGGAAUGAAGUAAGAAGUCCACUUUUGGAUGAGUAUAAGUCAUUGCAAAGUACUUUAACUUCUGAAGAAACUAAAUUGCAAGCAGAUGAAAUUAAGUUAUAUAAUUUAAAAGAAACACACAAGAAUAUAUUGAGUGAUAUAAAAGAAAAGGAAGAAUUGGAAAAGAAAUUUAUUGAGAAGUUAAAACAUAUAAACAGAAAUAGUAACAGGGUAUCAUAUACAAGAAGAAUAUUAGAAAUAAUAGGAAAUAUCAAAAAACAAAAUGUAGAAAUACAAAAAAUUCUCACUGAUACCAGAAGGGUUCAAAAAGACAUCAACAGCUUGACAGGACAAGUUGAAAGAUCUUUUACCUUAUCUGAUGAACUCAUAUUCCAGGAUGCUAAAGAUGAUGAAACAGCUAGAAAAGCAUAUAAGCUUUUGGCAGCCUUAAGAGAUGAGUGUAGUGGAGUUUUGAAGGCAGUAGAGGAUUUAGGAUUGGUUGAAAGAGAAUGCAGAAAUUUGGAAGAACAACUUGAAACAGAAAAAUCUAAGGAUAUAGACAAAAAAUUAGAUAGGGUCCUCCAAGACAUAGAACAGAUAAAAAAAGAAACUGAUUCUCUUUUAAAGAAAAAUGGUCAUUAAUUUUGAUAUUUAAGCCUUAUAUUUUAUUAUAUUAAGAUUGUAAAGGAUGUUAAUAUAAAGACAUAUUUAAUUAACAA